GGUAGACGAGCAGGUGUGCACAGUGUGCAGACAGGUAGGCUACUGUUAUUGCAAUUCAUCACAACUAACAGGAUUCACUGAUUUGAGAGGGAGCAGACGUCCAACUGCUCUGUAACAACAAACAAGUUUUGACAGGAGGAUGGCCAACUUCAAGGGACAUGCCCUUCCCGGCAGCUGCUUUCUGCUGUUAGGCCUGUGUUGGUCAGUGAUGUACCCUCUCCGACACUGCUGGAGGAGGCGUCAGCCGAAAGGAAGACAAAAACUGCCCCUGUUCUUUAACAGAAUCGACUUAAUCGAGGGGGCACUCAUUAUUUUCUUAGCCUUUGUGGGCAUCAUGGCAGAGCAGUUUGUGCCAGAUGGGCCCCAUGGCCACCUGUACCUCAGAGAGACUAAGUCCUGGGUGAAGCUGAUGAACUGGCAGCACAGCACAAUGUACUUCUUCUUCGGCAUCUGGGGAAUUGUUAAAGUCCUCAGUAUGUCACCGCUUCCAGUCCCACUUGGUCUUGACCGUCUUGCUCUCUCUCUGGCUUUUUUCAUUGAAGGGUUCCUGUUUUACUUCCAUGUGCACAUGCGCCCUCCUCUGGAUACCCACAUCCACUCCCUGCUGUUUGUGGCAGUGUUUGGUGUGGCGGCCAGCACCCUGUUGGAGGUGUUCAUGCGAGAUAACAUCCUACUGGAGCUGCUCAGGGUCAGCCUAACCAUCCUGCAAGGCUCCUGGUUCUUUCAGAUUGGAUUCGUGCUGUACCCAUUAAACGGAGUACAGUGGGAUCUGAAGGCACACGAUAACACCAUGUUCGUCACCAUGUGCUUCUGCUGGCAUCUAGCUGUGGCCCUGCUGAUCGUUGGCAUCAACUACUGGAUGGGCUGGUGCUGUGUACAAAGAUGUGCAGGGAAGGGAGGUGACAUAGAGAUCGGGAUGAGAAAGACAUCCAGCUCCCAGAAGGCUCUGCUACAGGAUUCCGAUGAAGAGUAAGCAGAUGGAUCAUGAAGUGUAACACAGGAGGUUGGUGGCACCUUAACUGGGGAGGACGGGUUCGUGGUAAGUGGUAAUGGUUGGAGCGGAAUAGUAUCAAAUACACUACAUCAACACACAUGGAAGUGUUUGAUGCCAUUCCAUUAGCUACGUUCCAGCCAUUAUUGAGCCGUCCUCCCCUCACCAGCUUCCACUGGUGUGUUCAGCAGUAGAUCACUGUUAUUGUUUUCUCCCCAAUAGUUUUUUUGUCUGAAGUUUGGUUAACAGUUCUUUCCUGUUUGUAUCAGUGCUAGCGUGUGUAUUUUGUUAUUUUGAGUGAUGAUUUUCAAUGAAAUAAUGAGGUGCAUUGUUGAGUUCAGAUUACGGCCAAAUUAAUUGCAAAUAAAAUUAUUUACAAAUGCA